GGAUCGUCUGACACCUGUGUAGUACUAUACGACCAGUCCUCUCUACAAACAUACGUGCGUGCGUGUACCUGGGUUUAAAAUAGAUCUCAACACACAGAUGCACACAGCGCAUCUUUAAUCCCCAAACUGUGCUUUAAGCCCCAACCUGUGCUCUGUGAACCGUUUCCACCCUGCAUACACCAACACACUGAACACAGGCCUGAGUUUCCUUCACAGGAUUUCGACAAGGCUUUGUCCUACGACCCCCUUGUAUUUCUCUCUCUGUAGUAUUCCCAUGUGAUAAUUGGUGGAAUCGGAAGUAGUGCGGAAGGAGAAAAAGAAAAAGUCACGACCAGCUAGAGGAACAAUGUCGAAGCCUGACGUCAUUUUCGAGGAUGAAGGGAAGACUGUCAGUCUGAAGAGAAAUGUCGGACUGUUGUCGGCUAUUGGAAUGAUUGUGGGCACCAUGAUAGGGUCUGGGAUAUUCAUCAGCCCUAAAGGAGUGCUCGAAGGAGCCGGCUCCGUUGGUUUGAGUUUGGUCGUCUGGACUCUGAGCGGAAUCCUGGCCACGCUGGGUGCGCUGGUGUAUGCAGAACUAGGUACAGCUAUACCUUUGUCGGGUUCUGAGCAUGCGUACUUCAUGUACACGUACGCGCAGGGCCGGAGCAAGCUGGGGCGGUGCAUCCCGUUCCUGUACGACUGGGUGGGGCUCUUCAUCAUCCGUCCCGUGAUGUUCAGUGUCAUAUGUCUCGCGUUCGGCACGUACGUCGUCAAGCCCUUUUACCCCGGAUGUGACCCCCCGCCGUUCGUCGUGAAAAUGUUUACAAUAGUUGCCAUGUUAUUGAUAGCAUUCAUCAACAGCUAUAGCGUUAAGCUAGCGGUCACGAUACAGAACGUCAUGAUGGUUAUCAAGCUUAUUGCCUUGGCCAUCAUCAGUAUUGGAGGGAUAUACAUGAUAUGUCUUGGAAAUGUGGAUAUUCUUUCUGAAGGUUUCCAGUAUACGUCUACAUCACCAUCGACUAUAGCUAUAGCAUUUUAUAAUGGCCUGUGGUCUUAUGACGGAUGGAAUAAUCUAAAUUUUAUAACAGAAGAAUUAAAGAAUCCCAACAGAAACCUUCCACUGUCCAUCAUCAUCGGCAUCCCGCUGACGACGGCAUUUUACGUCCUCGCCAACGUCGGCUAUAUGAGCGUCAUGUCCAAAGAGGAAAUCAUUCUGUCACACGCAGUGGCCGUGACAUGGGCGGAUCGUGUUCUUGGCGUGAUGUCAUGGAUCAUUCCAUUCUCGGUCGCUGCGUCUACAUUUGGUGCUGCCAAUGGAGUUCUCUUCGCUUCUGGAAGGCUGUGUUACGUGGCAGCUAGAGAUCAUAAUUUCCCACAAUUCCUGUCGUUCAUCCAUUCCCGUCGUUUUACGCCAGUGCCUGCCAUGAUGUUUACCUGCCUGGUUUCCAUUCUGAUGAUCAUUCCUGGAGACAUAUCCACCCUGAUAGACUUCUUCGGCUUCUCGUCCUGGCUCGUGUACGGGUUCACAACCUUCACCUUGCUGCUCCUCAGAGUGACGCAUAAAGACCUGAAACGACCUUACAGGGUUCCUACUGUAAUCCCAGUGAUCGUGCUGCUAAUGGCGUGCUACUUAGUGAUAGGACCCAUUAUCCAGGACCCUAAAGUACAGUUCCUGUAUGCCGUGCUCUUCAUACUGAGCGGCUUCGUCAUCUACGUGCCUUUCGUACAUAUGAAGAUUCAUCCGCCAGGAAUGGAUACGUUGACGAAACUGUUUCAAAAAGUUCUACAAAUUGUUCCAACUAAAGUGGAAUAACAGUUUGUAUGUUAAUAGGACCUAGUUUUAAUUGAACGCAAUGGAAGUAAAUUGUGAGAUGGAUAUUUUAAAUGCGGAUGUGUUCAUAUAUCAGUCGUUUUGAUUUAUGUUUUUCUGACUGAAAGGUAUAUCUUAUAAAAUCCGUAAAAUCACUUGUUGCAGACAUAAGAACUUUUUCUAUUUCACAUAAAAUGUAUUUGGAGAUGCUACAAACACCAUGAAGAAAAUGUGUUUUGUUUAAUGUCACUACUAGAGCAUAUUGAUUUAUUAAUCAUUGCCUAUUAAACCAGUGUGCUCUAGUGGUGUCGUUAAACAAAACACGUUUUCUUCCUGGUGUUUGUAGUAACUCCAAAUAUAUUUUAUGACGUAGUUUUCAUCGGAAACCUGCUAUAUCUCUACAUUAACAGCAACAGAUCUUGUAUGUGCUUUUUCACAGACAGGGUAGCACAUACCCCAGACCUUGAUACAACAGCCGUGGGGGCACUGGUUGGAAUGGGGAAAACGUCGGUCAGAGAAUAGGCCCACCGAGGAGGCGACCGCUCUACCGAUUAAGCUAGAUCUCGCCUUGUCGUAACAGUCAAAAGGAUGCAAUGGCCAAUUGUCCUAGUUUGAAUCAGUUCUACACCUUCAAAAUUGCUAGUAUAUUUAUUUUGAACACACGUGUAGUUUGCUGUCGCAAUGCUCAGCAUUAUAUUAAAAAAUUUAAUUAUUUUCCAUUCUGGUCAAUCUAAUUAAAAUUAGCUCCACUGGUUAAUUACUAUUACCUGUGGAUCUAACAGCACCCCGUUGGAGUUCAUGUCCAGUUGACCUGUCAUUCGACCAAUCAUAACCUUACUGCAACAUCAUGCCAGUGAUUUGAAAAGAAUUUGAAAACAUUCGUGAUUGUGCCGAGGGUAUACGAAAUGAUUCGGGUGAAUUAUGAAGUAUGCGGGAAACUAAUUUCAAUAUAAAAUUUUAUAUAAAAUUCGUUUAUUGCUGUACUCCCCCCCCCCACCUGUUUUUUCAAUGUUGAAAUAGACCAACAAGUUCCUCUAUUGCAUAACUAGUCUCGCCCGAGAGAGAGAGAGAGAGAGAGAGAGAGAGAGAGAGAGAGAGAGAGAGAGAGAGAGAGAGAGAGAGAGAGAGUGAGUGUGAAAGAGAGUGUGAAAGAGAGAGAGUGUGAGAGAGAGAGAGAGAGAGAGAGAGAGAGAGAGAGAGAGAGAGAGAGAGGCAGAAAGAAAAAUGGAUGGUUAUAAGGAGAGAGAGAGAAAAGAGUGACGAGAAACAGUCUGAAAGAACAUAAUAAUGCAAAUAAUAUUAUAAAGAAGAGAGAUUGGUAGAUAAAUAGGAAUAACAGAGAGCAUACUAAUAACAAUUAAUAACAAAUACGUGAAAUAAUAGUGUGUAAUUAAGGAUAUUCAUAGACGGUGCUUCCAAUUUCAACACUUUUUAUGACAUAGGUAUUUUUGUGCUUAAAGAAAAACGUAAUACCUUUGACAUAUUGUUAUUGAAACAGAAAUUUAUAUUCAUAUAGUUUUUGAAAUUUAUUUUCAACUUUUGUCGUAUUUAAUUUUAUAUAUCUGCGCGAUCCAAACUAAACACAAACACGUUUUACUCUUUAUAUUAUUAUUCUUUUUUGACUUGCACGAUAUAACAUGAUAACGAUUCAAAUAAGAAAAUUCAAAUAAUUAUCCGAAAAUUACAGUUUAUAAACAUCCAGACAAACAAGACCUAAAAAAAUAAAAAAAAUAAAAUAAGUCUCGACCAUACCGAGACUAUUCUUGAAACAGAGAGUCUAUAAACAUGUUAUACAAAUAUCACUAAUGCAAUGCUCAAACUGUCAAGUGCCAGCAAAAAGUUGGCCAACUCGACAGUUGCGUUGAGUUGUAAAUGCGCUCAGACUAACAAUUGGGCGUCGUGUUGAGUUGUAAUGCACGCUCAGACUAGCAACUGGACCGCAGUAGUAGAAGUCGUGACAGAAGAAAGUUGGUAAACUUUCUGCUGGCAGUUGGUAGUCUGAUACUAGCAUUAGGUAUGUAAUAAAAAAUGAAUUUCAGCAUAUCAUUUGAAUGUGGUUUUUCUAAAUUUGAAAUGUCUAAAUCGCCACAUAACGUAAUAACAAUAGUUGAAUGUCUCAUGGCUAUAAAAGGUCUGUCGCUUAUUUGUAAAGAUAAUUACAUUGUCUGUCUAUAUUUUCAUUCCAACUUAUUUUCGUGCUUAUAUCCAAUUAAGAUUCAAGCACGCUGUCCUGGGUACACACCUCAUCUAUCUGCGCUGUCUGUCCAGGACAGCGGGUUAGUUGUCAGUUGGUUAGUGGUUAGUGAGAGAGAGAAGAGGGUGUAGUGGACUUACACCUACCCAUUGAGCCAUUAAGAACUCAUUCUGGGCUGGAGACGGUACCGGUUUGCGAACACUGUACCUACCAGCCUGUAGUCCGAUGGCUUAACCGCUGCGCCACCGAGGCCGGUGUCUAUCUAUAUAGAAUCCAUACAGUUUUAUAUCUAUGAAAGCAAUUUAUUGUGUAUUCUUAUUGUUGGAAUGUGAAUCUCAUGUGUUCAUUAUUUAAUGUGUUCUAGGCAGUGGCGUAAUGUAUGGAAAUGGGAGGAGGGGGGAUGCGGGGGUUUGCAUUCCAUCAUUAUUCUGAAGAUCGUAGAGAGACGAGGGUCGCAGAAAGGUUGUGUGUGUGUGUGUGUGUGUGUGUGUGUGUGUGUGUGUGUGUGUGUGUGUGUGUGUUA